GCGCGGAAGUGGAUGCGGAUGUGACGUUUUCGGACACCACUUCAUAACAAUCUAUCACCGCAGGAUGUAUUAUGAAAGGCUCCGUAAAGUUGUGUUGAAUAACCACGGUUUCUCCGCCAAAUUACACAACACCACGUGUGCAUGGUAAACUCAGUCAUUCACGAUUCUGUCUGCAGCACUAUUAAAACAAAAGUACACGAUUACAUUUGGAACGAAGCGAGCGAGUAUGGCCAAGCGUAAAGAGUCUGCAGACACAGCAGUGAAGACCGACACAAAGAAGCCGAAGAAGGUUGCAAAAGGCAAAGCUGGAGGACCAAGAGCCAAAAAAGAGAAUGGAGAGGAAACUGAGAAGGUUCAGAGAAAAGCCAUGCACAAAUCCCGUCUCUCUAAACCUAUAGUAGGGGACACAGCCGAAACCAACACCAGCAAAUACUUCCAGGACGAGACUCCAGUGAAGGAGGAGUCUGCUGAUAUGAGUCCUGAGACUGAUCUCAUCCCUCCUUUUAUCAGAGCCAGAAAAGACACAGUAAAGCCUGUGAAAGAAGAAGAAGAAGAGGACAGCGAGGAGGAUGAAGACUGGGAGGAAGUGGAAGAGCUGUCUGAGCCGUUAGGUCCAGUAGAGCCAGCCCUGCCCUCACAGCCCGUGGAGAUAGAGAUUGAGACCCCAGACAUCAUCCACAAGAGGCAGAAAAGGGAGAAGAGGAAGGCGGAGUUUGAGACCUAUUUGCGACGCAUGAUGAACCGCUUCAACAAAGAUGUGGUGGAGGACACACACAAGGUCCACCUCAUGUGUCUUCUAGCCAAUGGGAUGUUCCGGAACCGGUUGUGUAGCACACCGGACCUGCUGGCCAUCAGCCUGUCUCUGCUGCCCACCCACUUUACCAUGGUGGCCAAGGAACGCAUUGACACCAACUACCUCUCUGGCCUGCUCAAGUGGUUUGGGGCGACGUUCACGCUUAACCCGGAGCUUCCCUGUGAGGAGAGGCCCGACCCACAGGCCCUGCUGGAGAGGAGGCUCGGCAGCCUCACCGCUAGAGACCACCAGGAAAUGACACAUCUGUUCCUAUUGGUGCUGAGGUCGUUGCAGCUCUUCUGUCGACUGGUGCUCUCUCUGCAGCCCCUGUCACUGAAGCCCCCGUCAGCCAAGAGCAAGGCCAAGAACUCAGGCAGCCCGCCUAGGAAGAGUACAUCGCAGAAGAAACCUCCAAAAGAGAGCCCCUCAGAGCCCAAGGUAUCCCCAGGGUCCAAGAGACCGGCAGGGGGGAAGGCCGAGAGAGGAGGGAAGAAGGCAAAAAAGAAAGAGGCAGGGGAGACGGGAAAGGCUGUGUCGGUGGGACAGAAACCCAAGAACUCCAAGCGCCGCAGCAUAGCCUCGAAGGUGAGCUACAAAGAGGAGAGCAGUGAAGGGGAGGGGCCAAGUGAUGGGGAGGAGUUCCAGCUGGUGGAUGAGGAAGACAGCGAGGACUCUGAGGGAGGGGCCAAAGCAAUCCGAGCCAAGAAAGUAAAAGGCAGUAAGAGCAAGAGUACAGCUCCACAGAAAAUAAGUAGUGGAGGCAAGAAGAAAGUGAAGAGUGAAGAGGAGGAUGACGAUUGGGAGGGAAACGAAGAGGGGGAGGAAGAGCAGGGCAUGAAGCGGGGCAAGAGGAAGGAGGGGAAGGGUGCAGACGAGUGGCUGGAGGUGUACCUGGAGAAGACUGGGUGCUGGGUCUGUGUGGAAGUGCUGCAGGGCGUGGGGCAGCCUCAACUGUGCUCCAAGCAGGCCACCCAUCCCAUGACCUACGUGGUAGCCGUGGACGGGGACGGUCACCUGAAGGAUCUGGGCAGCAAGUACGACCCCACCUGGAUGACCUCCACCAGAAAGCGCCGGGUGGACGAGGAGUGGUGGGAGGUGACGCUGGAGCCAUUCCUCGGCCCCGAAUCUGAGAGGGACGUCCAGGAGGAUAAAGAGCUCCAGGCGAAGUUGCUAGACAAGCCGUUGCCCACGUCGAUAGCAGAGUUCAAAAACCACCCGCUGUACGCCCUGAAGAGACAUCUACUGAAAUAUGAAGCUCUCUACCCCUCCACAGCGGCCAUCCUCGGGUACUGCAGGGGAGAGCCUGUCUAUUCCAGGGACUGUAUUCACACGCUACACUCCCGAGACACCUGGCUGAAGGAGGCGCGCACUGUCCGUCUAGGAGAGGAGCCCUGCAAGAUGGUGAGAGGGUUUUCCAAUCGCUCUCGGAAAGUCAGGAUGGCAUCAGAGCAGAAGGACAAAGAUGACCUGGCUCUGUUUGGUGAAUGGCAGACAGAGGAGUACCAGCCCCCAGUAGCUGUGGAUGGCAGGGUGCCUCGUAACGACUUCGGCAACGUUUACCUGUUCAAGCCCUGCAUGCAGCCAGUUGGCUGUGUCCACCUGCGUCUGCCUAACCUCCAGAGAGUGGCUAAGAAGCUGGACAUGGACUGUGCAGCUGCUGUCACUGGCUUUGACUUUCACGGUGGCUACUCUCAUGCUGUAACGGACGGCUACAUUGUGUGUGAGGAGCAUGAGGAGAUCCUGAGAGCAGCCUGGGCAGAAGACCAAGAGAUACAGAGACAAAAGGAGAAAGAGAAGCGGGAAAAGAGGGCAGUGGCUAACUGGACUCUGCUGGUGAAGAGCCUGCUGAUCAGGGAGAGACUACAGCGUCGCUAUGGGAACAAAGGCCCAACACCCGCAGGAGGCCUGGACCAACUGAAGAGCCAGGAUAGGGAAGGGGUAGAGGGUCUAUCGUCUGACGAGGAAGGGGAAGGUGGGCCGAACACGGCUUCUGCCGCACUGGCACAGGCCUGGCCCCAGAACAGACAGGGGGAGCAGGACAGUGGCACGGGGGGAGCCUCCAAAACUACAUCCAAACGGCAGAAAAGGGGCCAGGAAAAGCACCUUUUCCCCUUUGAGAAAGUAUGAGAUCCUCCAACCCAACUCUCUCUGGCGCCCAUCCAGUCGUGUUCUUCAUGUCGCCAGAAGUAGGUCAGACCGACAGGCAUCUGUUCUUGGUUCCUGCUGUGUUACAGGAGAUGUAGGUCAUUGUAAUCCCUGUGGACCAAAACAACAAAGUAGUCUGGUGUUAGUGUGGCACAUGGGCAUGCCUGAAGUGUCCCCACUUGCGCCAGCGAAUAGCUCGCUUUUCGCGUGGCGCCCGACUGUUAAGACGCUUGAGAAUUGCUGUUACGUGUGCUAGCAAGGCAGAGGUCCUGGGUUUGAGCCUCUGUGUAAACCCGACUCAGGAGGAAGUGGUCCUCUCUAAGCUAGCAGCGUGACCACCUUUACACUGGCACAGACUCCAACCUCCACUGCUGCAGUUGGUGGAACCUCGACGUAAACUGAUUCUGUUUUCCCCCCCCACACUCUCAUAUCGCUCCUGUCUCUCUAAACACACGUGUGUGUGUGUGUGUGUGUGUGUGUGUGUGUGUGUGUGUGUGUGUGUGUGUGUGUGUGUGUGUGAGAGAGAGCGCGAACGAACGAACGUGGAAGCUCAGUUGUCUGUCUACUGUGUAUAAGCAGACAGUUUUUUUUAAUCCAAACUAUUUUUCUAAGAAUUGUUAUAAAAAUGUUUGAAUUGUUGUUAUAUUACAGCGUUGAUGUGAUGUUAAAAGAAUGGAAAUAAAUAGCAGAUAUUUUGGCGACUCAUUAGUUUGACCCAAAUAGAAGUGUUGACUCAUGCAUUUGUAUCAUCAUCAAGCUGCCCAAACUACACUCAGACAUUCACAGCAAGCUCAAUUUCAUCAUCACAAUGUCUCAUAGCAACGGUAUGUUUUAUCCUUGAGGCAAUGGAGCCAAUCACUGAUUGUCAGAGACAAGGAGGGAGUUAUUUUACGCUGGCUUGGGUUGAACCGGGCAAUGGCCCAUCAUGUCAUCGGGCGAAAGCGGGGAGGGAGGAGAGCUCUUCUCAAAUCGCACGGUAAUCUGCACCGCUUGGUCAUGUUGUCAGGUCGGUGCAUUGUCUAGAAAUAUCUCUUUUUCCAUCAAAUAAAUAUAAUGUCAAACUCGU